AUGGAAGAUGCUAAUUGUGUUGACUUUCCAGAAGCACUGACAGAAGUAAUCGGUUACGGUGGAGACUACAUCUACAGCGAUGAAGAAUCCGAAUCUGAGUGCUACGACCAAGAGAAAUCAAAACCAGACGAGCAUGUGCCAGAAAACGACGAGGACCGUGCACUGAGCAACCUGACGCGCGCAAACACCAACUUCAAUCGGACAACAGCGAACAUCGUAGACGCGCCAUCAGCUCCGCCUUCAUCUUCAUCGUCAUCUUCCUCGCUGUCCACGUCAACGGAGGUAAAAGUAUUACCCAACUUGAUGCUUGGAACUCCUCAGAAAGGCAACGACGGGAAGAAAACAACCCUCCUGGUAUCCGUGACGCCAUUCAAGUCCGACAGCGCCGUCGGGCCCGCGAAACUAGAUCGAGAUUGGCUGGAUCGUGACGUGACUGGGAAAAACUGGAUAGAUAUGACCGCAACGACUGCCAUAACAGAUAAAAAAGCUAAAAUAGUGCUCGAUAAAAUCGUAGACAUGCCGCUGAUUGAGUCGAAUAACUUGAUAUCGAUGACUAAGAAGCUUACUUGUGAUAAACCCGAGAUUAAAUACUCAAAGCCGGUGGAUUUGGGCAAGCAAACAGUUGAUAAAGGAUUUAAAAGCCAUAAUGAGACGACUAGUAAUCAUAAUCAAGUAAUUGUAAACAAAGAGUCUGUAAAUAGUGAAGAGAUUGCCAUUCCUGAUUUAGGUGAACGUACUAUUGAAGGAGAGUCGACUGUUGUUGAGUCUGAGAAUGUUAAAAAGGAGACUAACCACGACGGUGAUAAUAAUAAUGAUCGAGACAAAAGUAUACUUAAUGGUAAUGGUAAUAAUAAUGAUAAUAAUGAUGAUAAUAAUAAUAAGAGUAAGAAUAAGGAUUGUGAUGUUAAUGACAAUAAUGUUAAUGAGGAAUUAUUAAUGGAAAAUAGUAGGGAAGAUGCUGGAGCGCCGGAUGGUAAGGCUGCGGAUGAUGAAACCUCGGAAUCUUCUUGCUCACUCACUCAUGUUUCCACAAUACCGCGCAGCUCGUUUCUUCACGGAGAAACUACCAAGUCUGUUAGUAGUUCAAAGUCUGCUGAUGAUGAAGUGUUGUCAGAUAGUUGCAAGAAUAAAAAUUUUACCACGGAAAUAACUUCGAGUGAGGACGAUAAGUUGGUUGCCAAGGAAACAGUAAAAACAAAAAUUACUGGAAAAAGAAAAAGUCACGAUUGCGGCAGCCAAAGACGGCAAGCGCCAAAACCUCCAGAUCAAAUGGAAGAAGAGUCGCUGAGUACUUUGUUCGCGAGAAACCCUGUGACGAGUGUUAAGUCUGAUAGCCCGGUUGUGAGGGAAAAAGAAAAACGGGAGCGAGCUACGUCUUGCAGUCCAAAGUUCAGUCGCACUGAGGAUGACGAGUCUAUGAAUAAUCCGACUUAUUCUGGUCAUAUCAAUAAUGAUAUUUCUCGAAAAAGUGUUUCAUUGUCUGAGUAUAGUUUGAAUUCAUACUCGCGUGAGUCAUUAGCGGGUGAUAACGCGGUUCAAGACCGAGACAAGAAAAAAGGCAAGUCUAGAUUUUCGUUGAAGAAGUUACUGAGGAUUGGGGCUUCUAGGAAGGAGAUGAAUAUUACGACUUGCUCGCAUACUUUUGCUGAGAGCUUUGAUGAUGACAGUGGGAGCAUUAAAAUAACACCCAGUCCAAGUUCAAGUCCGCGAGAGCAAGCUAAUUGUAAGUCCAGGCCUGAAAUCAUUCAUCCGCUGGAAUUCAAUGGCGCGGCUGUUGAAGUAUUGCGUCAUGACAAGCUAAUUAAUAGUCCGAAUCAAUCUUCCGGUCGCACUGACGCCUGUCCUGAUAAAUCCCGUUACUCCCAGACUGUUGCACACUUGGGAAAGCCACCAUCACCGCCGAAGAAUAUUCAGCCUUCAAAAAAUUACUUACACUCACUCAUGAAGAAAACAAAUCCCUCGCCACCGCUGAAAGACCACAAGAAACUAGACGACAAUUGGAAAGCUUCAAAUAAUUUGACAAACGAUGCUAUUUACGCAAACCUAGACAAUGAGCGACAAUGGAAAAAUCAUUUCGAGUCAUGUCUCCGACAACGACGAGGUCGUAAUAUUUUCCACCGGAAUCUUGAAGAUAAUUACAACGCAUUGGUUAUCGCAAAUCAUGAAUCUCUUGCUCAAUUAUUCCAACAAUUAGUGCAAGAAAAUCAAUUAUCAGUUUCAUGUAUCAAGAGAACGAAUCUCCAAUUAAAUGAAUUUAAUAUAAAUGUAGAUACGAUUAAAAAAAUCGGCUGCAGAAUUUUUUGUUCAGCCACCUGGAAUAGCAAUCAAGUUAUACUGUGCUUCUCAUCUGGCGGUCUAACUUCUCUCCCGACUUAUAGGGAAUUUUUUAUCGUUCCUUUGGUUGAAUUCGUCGACUCACUUCCAGAUAAUUUAUUCAACAAUUAUACCGAGGAUAUUUCACACGAAAAUGUGACUGUAUCCGUUUUAACGUACACCCAAGUGGCAACUAUUUCAUCUUACGUCACGUCAAUUCGUCAAAAUUGCGAAAAUAUCUUUCAACAAAGUUGUCUAGUACUUUUGCAAUUGGUAAAUGCAUUGAAGAACCUUCAGGCGAGGGGUAUUGAAGAAUUUCCAAAGAGUUUAAGUAACGUCGUACUUUGCCAAGAGGAAAAGACCUUAUCCUGGCGAUUAUAUCUUCUUCAAAACUUACAUAUCGACGUUAAUGAUGGUGAAGAUUGCGCAUCUCUGUGUCAAUGUGCCUUGGAAGCUCUAAAAAUGCUGGAUUUAACGAACAAAUUUCCUAUUAUUAAACAACUAUUAAUCCGUGAGAGAGCCGUCAGCCUUUCUCAGGUAAAAGCGGUGCUGGAAUACUCACUGUGGGGUCCACCGCAUUCAGUCUUCGGAGCCUUAAAGGAACGCGAAGUUAUUUUGCAGCGAUGGCUGGAUCUUGAACGCGCAAAUCUUCUUCACGCUCUAAUUAAAAAGCACACACCUCUCACAGUUUCAGAUGAAUACCAACUGGCAUUUUUGAUCCACACAACUGGAAAAAUAAUGUGCGAAGCAUCUGUGCUUCUUGACCAACAAAACUCUGACAGCAAAAUUUAG